GCUGUUUUAAAUAACGGUGGUUAUGAUAUUAAUGCAUUCGGUGAUUAGAGCAGAGUGAAGGUGAGCUGUGAGAGACUGGUGUGACCGCUCUCCACGCACCUUCCCCAGCCCCGCAGAGCCCACCCUCCAUCCACUCCCCCCGGAGCGAGAAACACGACUCCUGCGCGCAUCCAGACCCAGCGCUGCCUCAAACACACGCGCAGAGCGGCUCUUUGUCUCCAUUUCGAGGCGAUUUCUGGUGAAUUCAGCAUGGAGCGCCUGACACAUCCAACCAAACCGGUUCCGCACUAACCAGUGUGAACUCCCGAAAGACAGACGCGCUUCGAGGAAACUGGAUUUUAGCGUUUAUACAGCGUUCGAUUGCAGUAUUUGUACAUACUUGAACUUUUGAGACUUUAAUUUAUACACGUCGCCUUUAUCGACUUCAACCAUGGCUUUCUGGACGAGAAGACGCGAGCGCAAACUUCCAAACGCCGAGCGUGUUUUCCUCGCGUUGACUCUGAUCGCUGAAGUGAUCCUGGUGCAAGCCGCCUCUUUCUCUUUCACCAAGGAGCCAAAAUCCCAGGAUGCCUUGCAUGGGCGCAGUGCCAUGCUGCGGUGUGAAGUAAACGACCCUCAAGGUGUCAUCUACUCCUGGAAACACAACGGUGAGACGGUCACCAAUUCAGAGAGACGAUUCCUGGAAGGAGGCAACCUGAAAUUCACUGCCAUUGACCGAACGCUUGACUCAGGAAACUUCCAGUGCUUUGCCUCAAAGAACAGCACUGGUGAAGAAUACCACACCGGCGAGGCCUCCUUCAACAUCAAAUGGUUGGAAAGCGGCAUGGUGAGUCUGAAGAGUCCAGAAUCAGAGGCAGAGAUUCAGAGCUCCUCUCAAGUGGUACUACGGUGCAACAUAGACGGACACCCACGGCCAACCAAUCGCUGGCACAAAGAUGAAACACCAUUAUCAGAGAAGAGCUACAAAAUCAACAACAAAGACAGAACGCUUACACUGCCGAACGCCAGUCCUGACGACAACGGGGUCUACUACUGCUGUGCGAAAAAUGCAGCGGGCCAUGUCUGCAGCAAUGACAACUUCACCCUCAACAUCAUAGAUAAGAGUUUCCCUCAACCGGUGGUGAAGCCAGAAGAUUUGGUAGUCAUGAAGAACGAAGAAGCACUUUUCCACUGUCAAUUCACGGCCGAACCGCCGCCUACCGUUGAGUGGUACCAUGACAACGAGCUGGUGGCCAACAAGAGCCGCAUCUUCAUUCUGAGCAAUGGAUCCCUCUUCAUCACUCAGGUGAAGCAGCGAAACACAGGCCUGUAUAAAUGCGUGGCUCAAGGGCCCCGUGGCCCCCCUGUGUCUCUCGAGGCCUCGCUGCGAAUUGCAGAAAUCGAAGACAUGAUGCCUAUAUAUUCCCGAGUGUUCCCUGCAGACUCUCUGGAGCGGGUGACGUGUCGAGUGCCCCACGGACACCCUGAGCCAGAGGUUUGGUGGGAACAUGCGGGACAGCGAGUUCCAGCCGAGGGCAGAGUGUACCAGGAUGGACUAAACCUGAUUUUCAGCCCCACUCGUGGCGAAGACUCAGGAACCUACACCUGUUUUGCACAAAACAAGGCUGGACAGAGGAAACAAGAGUUGACUGUCACUGUCGCAACCAAACCAGAGUGGAUUCAGAAACCUGCAGACAGUCAGCUGGAGGAGGGGCGCGCUGGAUACCUGCACUGCCAUACACGCGGCACACCUGAACCCGAGGUCACAUGGUACCGCAACAUGCAGCCAAUCAGUGCAGAGGAUGUUCGCUUCAAGCUCUUCCCUAAUGGAACGCUGCGUAUAAAUAACGUGGAGGUGUACGACGGCCACCUGUACAGCUGUGAGAGCAAAACAGAGGCGGGAAAACUUAAUGCCCAGGCGCGGGUAUAUGUGCUUGAGCGUCUGAAGUUCACACCGACGCCGCAGGCCUACCAGUGCCUGGAGCUCAACAAGGAAGGACAUCUGCAGUGUUCAGCCAAGGGCCGACAGACCCCGACCGUCCGCUGGAUCAGGACAGAUGGCAGCGAUGUCCCUGUGUGGGUGGAGCAGAAGGGCGGCACACUACACUUCAGCACAGUGACGCGGGCGGACGCCGGGAACUACACCUGCCUCGCCUCCAACAGUCAGCAGGGAGAGAUCAGAGCCGUCGUCCAGCUCACCGUCGCAGUUUAUGUGGUGUUUAAGCUCAAACCAGAGAAUACGACAGUAUAUCAGGGACACACCGCAGUCCUUCACUGUCAGGCCACUGGAGACCCUCCUCCCUUUAUCCAAUGGAAGAAAAAAGACAAAUUUCUGGAGGCAGACAAGAGCAGAUUCCAGAAGAUGGCCAACGGCUCUCUGGUCAUUCAUGACGUCAGCAUGGAGGACACAGGAAGCUACACCUGCAUUGCAGGAAACAGCUGUAACAUUGCUCACACUUCAGCAGAGCUCUAUGUUGUUGAAAAACCAGUUCAGCACUCCUUUGCAAAUGAUGAAAAGGCCCCUUACAAAAUGAUCCAGACUAUUGGCCUGUCGGUGGGGGCAGCCGUGGCUUACAUCAUCAUCGUGCUGGGCCUCAUGUUUUACUGCAAGCAGAGGCGCAAUGCCAAGAGACUCCAGAAGGGGGAGGACGGAGACGAGCAAGAGGUGGAAUGCCUCAACGGAGACGUCCAACAGAACGGCCACACCACAGCAGAGAUCCAGGAGGAGGUGGCGCUCACCAACAUGGCUGCCAGCGGGAUCAGCAAACGCCACAGCAGUCACGACAAGCUCCACUUCCCCCGAAACAACCUGCACACCAUCACCACACUGGGUAAAGGAGAGUUUGGUGAAGUGCUGCUGGCCAAAGCGAAGGCCGCUGAGGAUGAGGAGGAGACGGUGGUGCUGGUGAAGAGUCUGCAGUCACGCGACGAACAGAUGCAGUUGGAUUUCCGUCGCGAGUGUGAAAUGUUUGCUAAGCUCAGUCAUGCUAAUCUCGCUCGUCUGCUGGGGAUCUGUAGAGAAGUGGAGCCGCACUACAUGAUCCUGGAGUACACUGACAUGGGUGAUCUGAAGCAAUACCUGCGAGUGUCCAAGAGCAAAGAUGAGAAAGUCAAAGUCCAGCCUCUCAGCACCAAGCAGAAGGUGUCGGUGUGUCUGCAGGUGGCUCGAGGCAUGGAGCACCUGUCCAACCAGCGCUUCGUCCACAAAGACCUGGCUGCACGCAACUGCCUGAUCUCCUCCAAACGACAGAUCAAAGUGUCUGCUCUGGGCCUUAGCAAAGACGUCUACAACAACGAGUACUACCACUAUCACCAGUCCUGGAUUCCUCUGCGUUGGCUCCCAUCUGAAGCCGUCUUUGAGGACGAUUUCUCCACCAAGACGGAUGUGUGGUCAUUUGGAGUGCUCAUGUGGGAGGUGUUCAGCUUUGGGGAGCUGCCGUACGCCGAGCUCACGGAUGACAAAGUUCUAGAAGCUCUGCAGGAAGGGAAGCUGAAGUUGUCUCCUCCUCAGGGGUGUCCGUCUCGGGUCUUCAAGCUGAUGGUGCGCUGUUGGGCCGCCAGCCCCAAAGACAGACUGUCUUUCAGCGAUAUCUGCACCGCCCUCAGCGAUCUGCCCUCUGAAAGUAAAGUGUGAGAGAACCGGAUCGUCCUGCAAGCCAUGGUUCAAAACCCUCCAUCCUAAACAUUCAGAUUCAGUGUCUUGCCUCAAGAACAAUAAGACUUUGAAUCUGACAGAUUUUCCACCAUUUCUUCCUUUAAUAUAUAUGUGUGUGUUUAUUCAAAUGUUUUAGAAGGUUCCUCAAACAUUUGGUUCUAAUGGGGUUUGUACAAAAGCUGCCCUAUCACUUCUCAGUUUGAGUCUGCCCACUCAAAACAAUGAAUUAUAGUAAAAUAUAGUGCGUUUGUAAUACCAAACCAUGCACUGAUCAAUUUUAUAUUUUAGAAGGAUUGUCUCGGGAGCCUCUUAAUUUAUUUAAAAGGUCCUGUUUGUUCAAUGUACAGAAAGGUACUGUUUAUAUGACUUUUUUUAUGUUUAUGACCUUUUUAUAUAAUUCAGAAUUACUCAUAGAAACAGACUGUUGAGAAAACUGUUUAUAAGACGACUUUUUCAUUGAUUUCAAAUUUCAAGUGCCUGCAAAAUGAAGGAUGUCUUGAUUUAAUAUGCUGUAUGUUACAACUUGGAAAGCCUUGAAUGUUUUUUUUAUUAUAUAUAUAUAUAUAUACAUUUAUAGUGUUUUAUUGCUUAGUAAAGAGUUCAGUGUUUUAUCUAGUAAUUGCUACACACGUUUCAUAUCGGUUUCUAUAAAAAUUCAGAGGUAUUCUUGACUCUGGACAAAAAAAAUUGUGAACAAAUGCUUCUGUCACAUACUCUGCUGUUGCAAUAAAAUUUCACUUUUUAACAAA